GUUAUGUUGAGCAGGAUAAGCGCAUCGAAAACCAUCGAACUAACGCCGGGCAACGGCUGCGAUCUCCGAGGGGAACCAGUAACAGCAAGCACAAUCAAUGCCGACCCUUUUCUCGAUGCUCCGGUGCGAUGUGUGUUUGCAAUUUUCCAAUUUUCCGACGGAAUUUACGCUUUUUGCUCACUCACACCGCAAGUAAACAAACCUCUAGCCUGUGUCACACGUAGCACAAAUGGGCUACAACCCUUGUUUCCACGGUUUUCACACUCGAGCUGCAGGGAGUUUAUGUUGCGUGUGGAACGGCCCUCUUUGCCCCCUUUGCCCAUCACAUGAUGUUCUCGUUUGACGUUUCGCCCAGCGAGUCUUGUGAUCAAAAGUCGCGAAGGGAAAAGUGAAAAAUCGGAAUUCGAGGAUUUUGCUCUUCCUAGUUUUGCCGCGGAUCGACCGAGUGCACCGAAACCAAGCUCAAAAUGCCCAUCUGCGGACCGAAACUGUCGCUGUGCGGAUUGAUUAUCUCCGUCUGGGGAAUCAUCCAGCUGCUCUUGAUGGGAGUGUUUUACUACAUCAACAGUGUGGCCCUGAUUGAAGAUCUUCCCAUCGAGGAGCACUAUGCAACACCCCAGGAGUUUUAUGCAGCCGCUGACGUCGCGUACAGUCAGAAUGCCUACAACUGUUGGAUUGCGGCUUGCAUUUACGUCGUGACGUUGGUGUUCUCGGCGCAACAGUUCCACGCCAACAGCCGCUCCACGGUGGCUUAAUUUCCUUCCCCAUCACCGAAGGCCGCUCCACCAACACCCAGGGGCGGUCUAUGCAGCACUUAAACCGAACAAACCCAUCCCCUUCGGUCGUAUCUUGGUCUGGAUUCCCUCCGAUGUGUAAAUAUGAGUUUACUUGAAGGCAGCACAGCAUCGUCCACACUUUGUCCUGUGUCCGCACAACAUUCCUUAGGCAUGGAUUUCGAUUUCGUUUCGACAAACGCUUCACUCUUCCCAUCGUACACGCGGUCGUGUCCUCCCGGUCCCGGUGUGUUUUCCCCCGUCAAAGUGUAGAAGGCCCCAGAUGUUAAUACCAAAAGCCAUACAGUGAACAACGGCCACAACGUUUAACAACAGUUUCCUGCAGGCUGCAGAUGGAGGCAACAACACCGGCCGUGUUCCAUCCACAGACGUGGGGCAAUAAGAACUUGCCGUCUGUAGGAGAUGUAGCAGUGAAAAGCAGGCAAAUAUAUUCUGAAAGUAAUACGAAAGUACGCUGAACCCACGUAGUUCGAUUCUGCUGUUCAGUUAGUAUUCUAUAUUUAACCGUUUUCCGUUAUCGCAAUAAAGAUAGUAGACGUAUGAUGUAAA